AUCUACCAUGGUCUCUUACAUUGCGAGUAUUGAUAUUCUGCGCUAUACUAAGUCGAAGUUUCAGUUGUUUGAAUAUUCAAGAAGGUAUUAACGUCGAGAUUUUUAAGCUGAAAAAACUUAUGAACGCUUUUUGGUGCAAGCGAGUAUGAACAAGCAAAAUUGGAAUAACGACGAAGAGUAUGAUCUUGUGAAUUUUCAGAAUUGCCUUUUCCGCAGAGUCAGAAUGACAUAUAUGCUUUUUGCACGAGUAAGAUUGAUGGAUCUUUUGUGGUUGGAAAUGCGCCGGUUAUUGAAAGCUUGAAUUUAACCCCGUAUUGUGAAGAGUAUAAAAGACUUGGCUUUGGUUCUGUACUUGAGGAACGUAUAGGGAGUAAAAGUGGAUCUUGGAGGCUUUCUAUGGUCAAUCUUUCGUACGCAGCCUGUCGAAGUUACCCGGCUGUUUUAGUGGUGCCACAACACGUGUCCGAUGACUCUUUGUUGCGCGUGUCUAAAAACCAUCGCCAUAUGCGUUUUCCUGUUGCGACGUGGAGACAUAAAGUCAACAAAUUCGCCGUUUUAUUGCGAUCUUCUGCCAUUGAACGAAGCUCUGUGGCAUCCAUCAUUCGCUCUGGUGUAGCUGCAAGUGGUGGAAGCACUGACGCAAUACGUUCAUCCAACGUGGAGCAAGAUAAAUAUUUAUCUGCCGUUGUGUCUUCAAAUCCUGUAUCGUGGAAUAAAGCGGAGGCGAAACAUCACUGGCAGCCAACGUCAGCAUGUCUAAAGCAACGAUGAAUCUACGAUCAAAUGACAAUGCAUCUAAAAGUGUUUCUGUUGUGGAUUCCGUUGACAAAGCAAUAUCUGAGCAAGGAUGGGAGCCUGCCGCACUGUACGUUUUUUAAUCUUUCUUGGUGACGUCAUAUGCUCAAGUAAUGUUAGAUCCAUACUACCGAACAAUUAAUGGUUUUAAAGUUUUAGUUGAAAAAGAAUGGUUGUCCUUUGGACAUCGUUUCUCACAUCGCUGUAAUCAUACACAUUCAACGCAAUCAAGUGGAUUCACGCCUGUUUUCUUGCAAUUUCUUGAUGGCGUCCAUCAGGUAUUACGUCAGUAUCCACUAUCCUUCGAAUUCAACGAGUAUUAUUUACAUUUCCUCGCCUAUCAUCAUGUCUCCAUGCGUUUUCGUACGUUUUUACUGGAUUCAGAGCACGAACGUGUGCAGAUGGGUUAGCUAUCAGUUGCUGAAAAGAAAGAUGCAAAGACUUCUAAAUCUCACAUAAAAAGUCUUUGGGAUUACAUCGACAUGCUACACAAAAAAUCAUCAUUAUUUUAUCAUUUUAAGUUUUCGAAAGAACAUUCUGAAAAGGUGCUUCGUCCUCAUUGCAACGUUGCCAAUCUAAAAUUAUGGAGUUAUUUUGUUUUGGAGAAUGUCUCCACUGGUCCAGAGUUUGAUCAAGAAGUUAUAAAUGAGACAGAAACUGCUGCCGAGGAAGGACAACAGAAGUUAGAAGACAAGUACGAUGCCUACAGAUACUGUCGAAGUGGUAUAUUUGGUGGAUCGGCUCAUUACGACAGUAGUAGCUGUGCAUGUCAUUUGUACGAGUAUAAUCGCAUCGAAGAAGAGGCUGACAAACACACAACUCGUUGGAAAAAAAUAUGGGAGCGUUUGGAACAGCCUAAAAUAACGAAAACGUUUUUAACAUACAACGAAGAACUUUCCAGAGUCCGUAGUGGUGUACUACACAAACGAGAUACGAUGGACAUAAUACUUGAGGGGAAACUUCAAAUCGAAGACUACAGUAACCAAGGUUUUUCACGACCUCAUUCAUUUGAACCUCACAGUUUUUUUACGCCAACCAACAGCGAUUUCUGUCUACAAGUGAUAUGGAAUAUUGGAAAAGGAGGAUUCAGAUGCACAGAAUGUGGAUACAACUGCCACGAGAAAUGCUUAUCACGUGUUCCUAAAACGUGUCCUAAUUACAAGAAUCUAAAAGACCAGAAUGAUAGCAUGCCAUCUACUAGUAACUUACAUGAGUCUCCAGGUAUAAACAAAUCUUCGAAAUUUUUGUGUGGGUAUCUAUGGAAACGAGGUGCUUUAUUCAAACAAUGGAAGCAACGGUAUUUUGUAUUGGAUACGGGAAGACAUCAGGUUGAUGGAUCUUUUGUGGUACGAAAUGCGCCGGUUAUUGAAAACUUGAAUUUAACCCUUUAUUGUGAAGAGUAUAAAAGACUUGGCUUUGGCUCUGUACUUGAGGAACGUAUAGGGAGUAAAAGUGGAUCUUGGAGGCUUUCUAUGGUCAAUCUUUCGUACGCAGCCUGUCGAAGUGGUGCCACCACACGUGACCGAUGACUCUUUGUUGCGCGUUUCUAAAAACCAUCGCCAUAUACGUUUUCCUGUUGCGACGUGGAGACAUAAAGUCAAUAAAUUCGCCGUUUUAUUGCGAUCUUCUGCCAUUGAACGAAGCUCUGUGGCAUCCAUCAUUCGCUCUGGUGUAGCUGCAAGUGGUGGAAGCACUGACGCAAUACGUUCAUCCAACGUGGAGCAAGAUAAAUAUUUAUCUGCCGUUGGUGCUUGUCCUCAUUGCAACGUUCCAAUCUAAAAUUAUGGAGUUAUUUUGUUUCGGAGAAUGUCUCCACUGGUCCAGAGUUUGAUCAAGAAGUCAUAAAUGAAACAGAAACUGCUGCCGAGGAAGGACAACAGAAGUUAGAAGACAAGUACGAUGCCAACAGACGCUGUCGAAGUGGUAUAUUUGGUGGAUCGGUUCAUUACGACAGUAGUAGCUGCGCAUAUCAUUUGUACGAAUAUAAUCGCAUCGAAGAAGAGGCUGACAAACACGCAACUCGUUGGAAAAAAUUAUGGGAGCGUUUGGAACAGCCUAAAAUAACGAAAACGUUUUUAACAUACAAUGAAGAAAUUUCUAGAGUCCGUAGUGGUGUACUACACAAACGAGAUACAAUGGACAUAAUACUUGAGGGGAAACUUCAAAUCGAAGACUACAGUAAUCAAGGUUUUUCACGACCUCAUUCAUUUGAACCUCACAGUUUCUUUACGCCAACCAACUG